AUGGCUACCUCCAAUGACUCGACCACUGGCUCUCCAAUCGGCGACCCCACUAUGGUCCCCGCGCCCACGGCGUCGUCGUCCUCCUCUGCCAAGCCGGAUUUUCAAACUACCCUUGAUGUCACCAAUAUCAAAAACAACAUUCCUUUCAAACUCGAGAUAGACAAGGAUCAUUAUGCUUUGUGGAUUGAAUUGUUUGAGACUCAUGCUCACGCCACUCAGUGGAUUUGUUCCACCAUCUCCUUUGACCUUCUCUCCACUGUUAUGGAGAAAGGUUCUACUGCUAUGGCUACUUGGAACUAUAUAGCUUCUAUGUUUGAGGACAAUCAGAACUCCUGUGCUGUUGCUCUCGACUAG